AUGGAGGAAAGGCGCGCAGUGGUUGGCCGGUGGACGAGCGGCCAAUGGCAGAGGGGGACUCGGGCAGCCGCCGGAGCAGCGCGAAAGGUCUGGCGGGAGGCGCGGGUGGAGAGGCAGGCCAGGAAGGAAGAAGCAGGAAGACGCAGGCUGGACAGUGGAAGCCAGCGGAAGAAGAUGGAAUGUAUCUUUACCUUUAUCUUUGUCUUUGCCUUUUGUCGGGCUUUAUAUCUGUCUUUAUGUCUGUCUUUGUCUAGUCGUUACUGCAUGGCUGCUGCUAUCUACUACUAUCUACUAUCUAUCUCUGUGAUCUCCAUCUCUUAUCAGCUUAUCGCUCUGUCUCCACUUUUCCGUCCUUUCUGCACGCUCUUUUCGCCUUUUCUCGUCCUUCCUCGCCCUUCCGGCUUCUUCUUCUUCUUCUUCUUCUCUUCUUCUUCUCUUUCUCUUCUGCUUUUUAAUUCUAUAGCAACAACACUACAGACAGCAGAUCCAGCAGCACCGAACAGCCCCCCGAGAAGACGCAAGCAAGCAAGCAGAGAAGACGCAGAAGCUGCAGAAGAAAGUGACCAAGAUUUCAUCCCUGACCUUCUGGCUCUUUUUACUUACUUGACUGGCCCAUUCUCUUUUUUCCUCUUUCUUAAUAUAUCCGCGUCUUUCUUCUUCUUCUUCUUCUUCUUACUACUACUUCCUACCAACAACAACAGCAACAAACAAGAGGACUCUACACAGAGUCCUGGCCUAUCUGUGAUCACUCUCAGCUCGAGAUAUCCGCGCCUGCGUGUCGUAUUUGUGGUCUUCACUGACGUUGGUUCCCUUUUUCCCCUUUUGGGCGUUCCCAUCAUCCACCGCAUAACAACCCUCCCUCCAGAUACCAUCGUCAGAGUCAUGGCUCCUCGCUCAGCUCCCAAGACGGCCUCCAUGGACAUCCCCAAGUCGCGCGAUGCUCCUCGCCGCCAUGGCAUGCUGCCUACGCCUCCCUCGUCCAUCUCCCCUUGCCUCAACCCCCAGGGCUUCAAGCAGCGUGUCACCCAGGAGGCCCUCCACCAGUAUAACCUCCGCUCGCCGCCGGCCUCCUCUUCCCUCGUUCCACAUGACACCCGGCACGAGAUAGACGCAGUCGACUCAGACAUCGACCUCCAAGACACUGAAGACAGGCGUGUUCCUUCAUCAGUCGCAGUCGCAUCCGCCGCCGCAGCCGCUUCAAAGGGCAAGGCUGAUGUCUCGGGAGACAUCACCCCUGCCAUGUUGGCCAGACACUACCUGCCCGACAUCCUGCUCGCACACGGCCCGCUUGCCAUCAGACACAUCAUGGGGUACUUGACGACCUCUGUGCCUGGGUUCGCCAUGAUACCGCCUGCCAAGGCUAGGAGACUCGUCGUGGCUGGCCUAGAGGGCAAGGCGUCGCUCUCAGCCAACGCUGACUCCAUGGAUGACGGCGAGGUCGAGUUCGAAAAAGUCGGAUGGGGUCGCUGGGACGCCUACCGUCGUGGCCAGCAGAAGCGGGAAGGAGAGAAUCAUCACACUGCCACUGAGCGUGCUGGCCACGUCAACCACCAUCACCUUUCCUUGCCUCACUACUACGCCCCCGCAGACUCGCCCAUAUUCUCCCACUCAGACUUCAACCAGAACCAAGACAUCGACGAGGCGGACAAGAUGUCCCUCGACGACGACGGUGCCAGCCAGCCACGCAUGUACUGCUCUUCCUCUGCUUCUGAGGAGCCAGACAUCAUGGACGGCGACUGGGAUGAGGCUGACAUGACUGACGAGGAGGACUGGGCGAACAUCGGUGCCGACGCACUCAGAGCGCAAUCCCUCGGCCAGGAGCCUUCCAUGUCGUCAUCUGUCUACGCUCGAGGAUGUGGCUAUGGCUAUGGCCACAGCUACGGCUACGGAGGAGGACCAUCUUCCUCUGCUCUGGCCAAGGCUGCUCCCAUCGCCAUGCCCGGUGGCAACGUCGAGGAACGUGCCGCUGUCGAAGCACUCCUGCAGCUCGGGUCGAUGUAG